CGCUCAACGCCAGCAGCCGCAGCGACGACGACGACGACGAUGGCGGACGCCGACAUCGAGACGGUCUCCAUUCUCGGCAAGGCCUCCAUCCACUGUGGCUUCCACCUCGUCCCUCACAUCGCCUCCACCGUCUUGGCCUCUCUGCCCUCGUCAACUUACGUUCUCCUCACCGACUCGCACAUCGCGCCUCUCUUCCUGUCAUCUUUCCUCUCGGAGUUUGAUGCCCAGAUCAAGGAUCGCGGAUUGGCUGGCAAAACGCGGUUUCUAAGCCAUGUAAUCCCCCCGGGUGAAGGCUCGAAAAGCCGGGAGGGCAAGGCGGAAAUCGAAGACUUUCUGCUGGCGCAGAAGUGCACGAGAGAUACCGUUCUUCUCGCGCUCGGAGGAGGGGUGAUAGGCGACUUGGUCGGCUUUGUCGCGGCUACCUUCAUGCGAGGAGUUCGAUUCGUCCAAAUCCCGACCACGCUCCUAGCUAUGGUCGAUUCCUCAGUGGGCGGCAAGACCGCAAUCGACACCCCGCACGGGAAGAACCUCAUCGGUGCCUUCUGGCAGCCUGAAUUCAUCUUCAUCGACGCUGCCUUCCUCGAAACGUUGCCUGCACGCGAGUUCUCGAACGGCAUGGCUGAAGUCGUCAAGACAGCCGCCAUCUGGUCCGAGUCGGACUUUGACCUCCUCGAAUCGCGCCCCUCCGAAAUCUUCGCCGCCAUCCAGACGCCCUCUUCCCACUUCGCCGGACGCACGCUCGCCACGCGCUCCGAGGCCCAAAACCUCCUGUUGUCCGUCAUCAAAGGCUCGAUCGGCGUCAAGGCGCACAUCGUCACCGUCGACGAGCGCGAGACCGGUCUGCGCAACCUCGUCAAUUUCGGGCAUACGAUCGGGCACGCAAUCGAGGCCGUGCUCACACCCGCCGCGCUGCACGGUGAAUGCGUCAGCGUCGGCAUGAUCCUGGAGGCGGAGGUUGCGCGCUCGUUGGGCGUCCUGGGCCAAGUGGCGGUAGGCCGGUUGACGCGGUGCCUGAAGGCGUACAACCUUCCCGUAUCGCUGAGCGACCCGCGCAUCACCUCCAUACCCGCCGCACGAGGCCUGAGCGUCUCGCGACUGCUCGACAUCAUGCGCAUCGACAAGAAGAACGCCGGGAACGAGAAGCGGAUCGUGCUCCUGUCCCGCAUCGGCAAGACCUACGAGGAAAAGGCGACGGCCGUCAAGGACGACGUGAUCGCGAAGAUCCUGUGCGACGCCGCGAAGGUGGUCCCGGCGCGCCCGGCGCAUGACCCGGUGCAGAUGGCGACGCCGGGAUCCAAGAGCAUUUCGAAUCGCGCGCUCGUGCUGGCGGCGUUGGGGCGGGGCACGUGUCGGCUGCGGAACCUUCUGCACUCAGACGAUACGCAGGUGAUGAUGGCUGCUCUUCAGGAAUUGAAGGGUGCGAAAUUCAGCUGGGAGGAUGGUGGAGAGACACUCGUGGUCGAAGGCGGCGCCGGAUCACUCUCCGUUCCGCCCAAGGGCAAAGAGCUUUACCUCGGCAAUGCGGGUACCGCUGCGCGCUUCCUCACCACCGUCUGCACGCUCGUCUCAUCGUCGGCCGCGUCCGACCUUACUACCGUCAUCACUGGCAACGCGCGCAUGAAGCAGCGGCCCAUCGGUCCUCUGGUUGACGCCCUGCGCGCGAACGGUAGCACGAUCGACUAUAAGGAGAGCACGGGCUGCCUGCCGCUCUCUAUAGCGCCCGCUGGGCUCAAGGGCGGCCGGAUCCAGCUGGCGGCGUCGGUGUCGAGUCAAUACGUCUCCUCGAUUUUGCUCUGCGCGCCGUACGCGCAGGAGGCUGUCACGCUCGAGCUGACGGGCGGGCAGGUGAUCAGCCAGCCGUACAUCGACAUGACGAUCGCCAUGAUGCGUACCUUCGGUGUCGUCGUCCGGCGUCUCUCCGACGCGUCCGGGAAGUUGCUAGACGUGUACGAGAUCCCGAAGGGCGUGUACGCGAACCCGGAGGCGUACGCGAUCGAGAGCGACGCAAGCAGCGCGACGUACCCGCUCGCGAUCGCCGCGAUCACGGGCACGACGUGCACGAUCGCAAACAUCGGCUCUGCGUCGCUGCAAGGCGACGCGCGUUUCGCGAAGGAGGUCUUGGAACCGAUGGGAUGCACCGUGGUGCAGACGGAGAGCGAGACGACGGUGACCGGUCCGCCGGUCGGCGAGCUGCACGCGCUGGGACUGGUUGACAUGGAGCCGAUGACCGACGCGUUUUUGACGGCGAGCGUGUUGGCCGCCGUCGCCGUCAAGCCACCGCUGAGCGGGAGGAAGCUGGGGGAUGGGAGCAGGGACACGACGACCAGAAUUGUGGGAAUCGCGAACCAGAGGGUGAAAGAGUGCAACCGAAUCCGGGCGAUGAUCGACCAGCUCGCGAAGUUUGGCGUAGAAACUAAGGAGCUAGAUGACGGGCUGGAGGUGUACGGCCGUCCGCUCCCAGAACUACGCGAGGGCGUGAGCGUGCACUGCUAUGAUGACCACCGCGUCGCGAUGGCGUUCAGCGUGCUUGGUUCCGUCGUGCGCGACACCGUACUGGAGGAGAAGCGAUGCGUCGAGAAGACCUGGCCGAAUUGGUGGGACGACCUCCAGAACAAGAUCGGCUUGCAGGUGGAGGGCGUAGACCUCGCGGCGGAAACCGCGCACACCUCGGUCGCCAACAGUGGCACGCCUUCACCCCAGCCAGCGCCCUCCGUGGUGAUCAUCGGCAUGCGCGGCACAGGCAAGACCUACAUCGGCGAGCUCGCCGCCAAGACGCUCGGCUGGCCGUGCAUCGACGCCGACGUCUACUUCACGCAGCACUUCGGCCAGGGCGUGCGCGAGUUCGUGCACGAGAAGGGCUGGCCCGCGUUCCGUGCCGCGGAGACGGAGGUCCUCCAGCUCCUUCUCCAAAAGUACCCCAGUGGCCACGUGCUGAGCCUCGGCGGUGGAAUAGUGGAGACGCCCGCGGCGUGCGAGGUGCUCAAGGCGUACAAGAAGGUCGGCCCGGUGGUGCACAUCGUGCGCGACAUCGACGAGGUGGUCGAGUACCUGACGCAGGAGUCCGCGCGUCCGCAGUACGGCGAGCCGAUCACGGACGUGUACGCGCGCCGCAAGCCGCUUUUCGCAGAGUGCUGCAACUACGAGUUCAUCAACCACACCGGAUCGCUCACCAAGCCGGCGACGGAGCUGCGGAACCUUCCUUCGGAUGGGCUCCGGGCGGAGGUCGACCGGUUCUUCAACCACGUCACGGGUCAGCGCCCGAACUUGGCCCCGCCCGCGAGCAAGGAUCAUAGGCUUUACUUCCUCUCGCUGACGUACCCGGACGUGACGCCCGCGCUGGCGCACAUGGACGCGCUCACGGAAGGCGUGGACGCUGUCGAGCUACGCGUGGAUCUACUUCGACGCCCGCAGGACAUCGGCUCCGCGCAGCCGGGCUAUAUUCCGCCCGUGGCAUACGUCGCGGACCAGCUCGCCGCGCUCCGUAGAGCGACGUCGCUGCCUGUUGUGUUCACGGUGCGGACCGCGUCUCAGGGUGGCGCCUUCCCGGAUGACGCCGAAAAGGAGGCGUUCGAGCUCGCGGACCUCGCGCUGCGGCUCGCGGCCGAGUACGUGGACGUCGAAAUUUCGUGGUCGGAGGAUCGUAUCCGCGACCUGGCAACGCGCAAGGGCCACUCGCAGAUCAUCGCGUCCUGGCACGACUUCAGCGGGAACAUGACGUGGUCCGCGGUCGACACGCUGCGGAAGCACGACAGGGCGCACGCGCUGGGCGAUAUCGUCAAGCUCGUCGGGUUCGCCGAGACCUUGGAGGACAACUUUGCGCUGCACGACUUUGUGGCGAGGCGGAGCGCGGCGCCGGGCGCGAAGCCGAUCAUCGCGCUCAACAUGGGCACGGAGGGACAGAUGUCGCGCGUGCUCGGCGGAUGGAGCUCGUUCAGCCCCGUGACGCACGCGUUGCUGCCCAGCCGCGCGGCGCCGGGCCAGCUGACGUUCGCCCAGGUGCAGACGGCGCUGCACCUGCUCGGGCAGCUCCCCGCGCGGCGGUUCUACCUGCUCGGGAACCCGAUCGCGCACUCGCCCUCGCCCGUGCUACACAACACCGGCUUCGCCGUCCUGGGGCUCCCGCACCGGUACGCGCUUUUGCAGACGGCGACGGUGGACGAGGAGGAGGUGAGGGCUGCGAUGCGCGCGGCGGACUUUGGCGGGGCGUCGGUGACGAUCCCGUUCAAGCGCGAUAUCAUGGCGGAGCUCGACGAGCUGUCGGAGCACGCGAAGGCGAUCGGGGCGGUGAACACGGUCGUCGCCCGCGCGCGGCCGGACGGGACGCGGUACCUGUUCGGCGACAACACGGACUGGCUCGGGAUCCGGGCGUGCGUGCGGGCGCGGCUCGCGGGCGCGGCCGUGCCCGAGGCCGGGCUCGUGAUCGGCGCCGGGGGCACGGCGCGCGCGGCGAUCUACGCGCUGCGCGGCUUGGGCGUGAAGACGGUGUACGUCUACAAUCGCACGCGGGCGCGGGCGGAGGCGGUCGCUCGCGGGUUCGAGUUUGCGGGGACCGAGGCCGAGACCGAGAUCGGGGUCGUGGACGUGCUCGGGCGGUGGUCGGCCGCGGCGCCGGGGGUCGUCGUUGGCACCGUGCCCGCGUCGGCGACGACGCUCGAUCCGGCGGCGAGGGACGCGGAGUUUUUGCCGAGCGCGAUCUUCGAGCGGGAGGAGGGCGGGGUGGUGAUCGAGAUGGCGUACAGGCCCGCGGAGACGCCGCUGCUCGCGCUCGCGCGGCGGCAGGGCGGGGAGCGGUGGAAGACGGCGGUGGGCGUGGACGUGCUGCUCGAGCAGGGGUACGAGCAGUUCGAGAUGUGGACGGGGAGGAGGUGUCCGAGGCGCCCGGUCGCGGAGGCGGUAUGGGCGAAGUACACGGCGGAUUCGUAAGUUCCAAAGGGGCGGGGCAAAGUUCAACCUUUUCCCUCCCUCCUCCAAUGAAAAACCGGCGUUCUUGUUUUAUCAUACGCACGUUGUAUACGCGACGAGCUCACAAUCAG